AGCUAUUGCGGGCUAUGAGCGCCAGUUAUCAGUAGAGCACUUCCAUGAGCAAUACUUCAUAGCGCUUGAUGGCUGAUGCAAUGCUGCACUGUGCUGUAAUCGCAAUUGGUUGAAGUAGCCAUGGCAGCAGCAGCUGGUUGUUCCUCGCCAAAUUCUUCGAGAUCCCGCGCCAGGGAAACAACAAACAAAGCGAAACUCAUCCACCACGACCAGACCGUACUCAGUACUACUCACAGCCUUGGCACAACAGUUUCAUCCUGCAUCCAGCAUAAUCACCCACUUGCAUCGUCCGCAAAGACAGGGACGCCACACUCUUUCGGCCAGCCUGCUCAACAACCGGCACGACACUCCUUCAACCGACAUUCUCUACAGCCUCCUGCAUCUAUGGCGGACCUUCGCAUGAAACUCUUGUUGAUUGUUGCUCUCUUUAUUAUCGUCAUGUCUCUGACUUCGUUUCUGGCCUUGAGAUAUCUGUCGUGCUUCCGCGAUAGACGGCGGCCUCAAACACCAGAUAAGCUUGAUUUGGAGAAGCAGUCGAUGGAGAGCGAUCGGUCGUCCAGGCCCCCAUCUCCGCUGCCUGCUCUGCACCUCACUCCACCAGAGGGCUGCGCGAUGCUCCUGACCCUCAGUGAUCGUGGCUCUGGUCCUGCAUUCAUGCGGCCGAUCGAGGCCCCUCCCUUGAAACAAGCAUAACCCUGGUAAUGGCUUCAUUGCCAAUCUAGCCCUUUAGUAAUACCCCUUUUUCUUCUGUAACUUCGUGUAUCUGUGACUGCGCCUCGAGGUUGCACGUGCGAGGACACGCAGCAGAUGAGAAGACGACGACGACAGACUUGAGUGCUACACUGCUACCACUGCCAGAAGUGCUGUAGAAAGGUCAGAGGGAGCAGCAGCCAUGUCCACGAGACCACAGAGACCCGAU